AUGAGAUUAGUGAUUUUCCUGGACGAUAUUCUGAUCAUGAAUCAGACCAAGGAGGGGGCAUUGAAAGAUGGCGAAAGAGCAGUCAAUUUGCUAGAAAGUUUAGGGUUUCUGAUAAAUUUCAAGAAAUCAAAUUUAGUCCCUUCCCAAGUUCUAGAAUAUCUGGGAUUCAAGAUAGACUCCAGUAUAAUGACACUCUCCUUACCAUUAGAGAAGACAAAGAAGAUAAGAACAAUUUGUCAAGAGGUUUUCAGUUCAAAUCCUGUUUCAGUAAGGAAAUUGUCAGAAGUGAUAGGAAAUCUCACAGCAAGCAUUCAAGCAGUAUACCCAGCCCCAUUACAUUAUCGCCAUCUACAAAUGGCAAAGAACCAAAUUUUCAGUCAAUAUCAAGAUUACAAUGCUCAAGUCUUGUUAACUCUAGAAGCCCAGAGAGAUCUACUAUGGUGGAUUCACCAUUUAAACGACACAAAUGGGAAGAGUAUUGUAAUGAAUCAGCCAUCAGUAGUUAUACAGACAGAUGCAAGCAAUCUAGGUUGGGGGGCAACUUGCAAAAAUGUCAGAAUAGGGGGUGCAUGGUUACAAAGCGAGAUUCAUUAUCACAUAAAUGUUCUAGAGCUUUUACCAAUAACACAUGCAGUAAAGGCAUUUCUGAAACAAGAAACAAACAUGGUUGUUCUUAUUCAAACAGACAACAAAACAGCAAUGACUUGCAUCAACAAAAUGGGUGGAACAGUAUCCAAGGUGUGCAAUCAGUUAGCAUUAGAUCUCUGGGAAUGGUGUCUGAAAAAGAGUAUCUCAAUGAGAGCGGGAAAGGAAAAUGUCAUAGCAGACUAG